GUUUAAACGGUGGAAUAAAAACUUAAGCUCACACUUGUGGUUUAUGCUGAAUUCAAUCCAGUGAAUCCGAAGCUGACCAUGAAGAACUAAAAUAAGCUAUAUGUUUCAGUACCUUCUGGUAACCUAUCUAUUCCUUAUUGCCUUUUGAGAGGUCUGAAUUCCCUUGCAAAUAUCUUGGAAUUCCACUCUCCCUUCAUAAGCUGACCAGAGAACAGAUUCAAUCUAUCAUAGACAGGGUGGCCGACCGUCUUCCGAGUUGGAAAGCUGAUCUUAUGACAAGAGCCGGUAGGAAGAUUAUGGUUCAGCAUGUGCUCUCCAGUAUGAUCAUCUAUUUGGCUAUGACCAUUGAUUUUCCUCAAUGGGCUUUGGAGGCAAUUGAUAAAAUUAGAAAGGGUUUUCUUUGGAAAGGCCGCAAGGAAGUCAGGGGAGGACAUUGUCUGGUUGCUUGGGGAAGGGUGUGCAGACCCCUCCAUUUGGGAGGGCUGGGUAUUUCUAGUUUAAAGGAAUUUUGCUGGGCCCUUCGUAUGAGAUGGUUAUGGCUUCAUAAAACUGAUCCAGAAAAACCUUGGGCAAAUCUCCCUAUCCAAGUUCCAAAAAAGGCAGAAGCUUUCUUCUCCACUGUUUUGGUCUCUAAGGUUGGAAAUGGAGCACACACUCUGUUUUGGACAGAUAAAUGGAUCUUGGGGCAGAAUGUGUGUAGUCUGGCGCCUAGGUUAUUCGCCAUCAUUCCUAAAAGGAUUGCAAAUAGAAGAACUGUGCUUGAAGCUCUUGCCAACAGAAAAUGGAUAUCUGAUAUAAAGGGUGCUCUGUCUGUGGGAGUUCUAGUGGAUUAUCUGAAUCUUUGGGAGCUUCUUUCAGAAAUAGUGUUGCAGCCUGAAGUGGAGGAUAAGCACAUUUUUAGUAUUGCAGCAGAUGGUAAAUACUCGGCUAAGUCGGCUUAUGAGGGCCUCUUUGCUGGGUCAACGUCCUUUGGUCUCUAUCACCUGAUUUGGAAAACCUGGGCACCUCCAAAGUGUCGGUUCUUUCUUUGGCUGGUUGCUAACAAGAGAUGCUGGACCGCUGACAGGCUUGCGAAGAGAGGCUUAGAUCAUCCAGCUAGGUGCCUCUUUUGUGACCAGGAAGCUGAAACUAUUGAUCACAUCCUCGUCUCCUGUGUGUUCACAAGAGUGUUCUGGUUUACUCUUCUUAAACCGUUUGGGUUUCAGAGACUGGCUCCCCAGCCAGGACAUUCUUCAUUUAUGGCUUGGUGGGAGCAGAUUUCUGGGUUGGCUUCUGGUAUCCCUGUGUGAUAGAUAUCAUCUUGAGGUCUUCAUAAGUCAGCAACCUAGAGCAGAAAAUGUCAGCUCCGGAAUUCAGGACUUCUUACCAGCAAUCCCCUGAGAAUGUCGGUCAACUCAAGGUCUGCCAAUGUGGGUCGGGCGACUCCAAUUUUCAGAUCACAAAUAAAUCCGACGGUGGCGAAAAUUCACCAACAACUUGUCCAAACUGUCAGGUCCUUAAGAGUGGAAAUUUACUGCUUUCAUCUAAAGGGAUUGGCUGGACAGUAUGGAAAAAGCGUUGGUUUAUUCUUACAAGGACAUCAUUAGUGUUCUUCAGGAGCGAUCCUAAUGUUCCCCCUCCCAGAGGAAGUGAACCAAUUGUUACACUUGGUGGAAUUGACUUGAAUAACACUGCAAGUAUGAUAGUCAAAGAAGAAAGGAAACUUAUAACAGUCGUGUUUCCUGAUGGCCGUGACGGACGCACUUUCACCCUUAAGGCAGAAACUACAGAAGACCUAAAUGAGUGGAGAAGUGCAUUGGAGAAUGCUCUGGCUCAGGCACCCAGUGUUGUGAAUACAGCGGGACAACUUCCAGUAGUCAGCACUGACAUAACAGAACCUGUUGAAGCUGCUGUUGAACAAUCAGAGAAUAAGUCUGUAAUUGGCAGACCAGCAGAAUUUGCACUUGUCGAUGCUGAUGGCACUACAGCAUUCCUGCAGAAGGCCUUAAAGUUCAUCGAAGAUUAUGGUGUUAAGGUCGAAGGAAUUCUUCGUCAGUCUGCUGAUGUUGAAGAAGUCAAACGCAGGGUUCAGGAUUACGAAAAGGGAAAGAAUGAGUUCUCCCCAGAAGAGGAUGCACAUGUUAUCGGUGACUGUAUUAAGUGCAUUCUUCGAGAGAUGCCAUCUUCUCCAAUUCCGGCACCAUGUUGCACUGCCCUGGUUAGAGCUUACCGAACUGACAAGACAAAAAGACUCGAUGCUAUGAAUAGAGUGAUAUAUGAAGUAUUCCCAGAACCAAAUCGUCAAUUGUUGCAGAGGAUUCUCAAAAUGAUGCAGAUUGUUGGAUCACACAAAGCUGUAAAUAGGAUGUCUUCAUCUGCUUUGGCAGCUUGCAUGGCACCGCUUCUUCUCCGUCCUCUUCUUCUUGGUGAAUGUGAAAUUGAUAGUGAAUUCAGUAUGGCUGGGGAUGGUUCAUUCCAGUUGCUUCAAGCUGCUGCUGCUGCCAACCAUGCCCAAGCUAUUGUUAUUAUUAUGCUUGAGGAAUAUGAUCAGAUAUUUGAUGAUAUUGAAGACGGUUCGUACUCUUCAGAUGCUUAUACCGAGUCUGACAUUGACAAGGAAUAUUCUACAGACAAUGACAUCCCUGAAGAUUAUGAUGGCUCCUCUGGUUCUGGUGAAGAUGUUGAAGAAGAUUUGAAUGAUGAUACUGAACACUCUUAUGGCAUGAAGGUCGAAUGUGAUAGUAACAUUAGGAUUGAUAAUGCAAAUGAUAAGGCAAGAAAAGGCUUGCCAACAGAGGAGGAUGGCUGUUCCAGUGAUAACGACAAGGCUCAUAUUACGAAGCUUGAAAACAAGAAGACUCAUCUCCAAUCUAAACUUACGGAGGAGGAGAAAGAAAAUACAGUCCUCCAGGCAAAUUUAGAAAAACGAAAAGAAGCAUUACACAAGCGCCGUGUAGCACUUGAAAAAGAAGUGGAAAAUUUACGAGACCAGCUACUGAAGGAGAGAAGUUUGAGGGCUUCUCUGGAGUCUGGGCUAAUGAAUAUGCGAAGAGGACAAGUGUCCUUCCCCUCAACGAUAGACACCAAGACUAAGGCUGAUCUUGAGGAAGUUGCUGCCGUUGAAGCUGAUAUUAUGAACUUGAAGCAAAAGGUUUCUGAUCUUCGGGGACAACUCAACAACCAAGUUCAGUUGAGUUCCACCUCGUUAUGUGAAUCAUGCAACAACAAGCGAUCCAUAAAUGCAGACAAGCUUGUCGAAGGUGAACAAAACGCUGCCCUUUCUCCACAGAUUGCCUCAGUCGAAGCACCACCUAUUGUAGGGUCUUAUUCUGUACCUGACAUGUUCUGGGCUACAAACCAAAUGGUUCAGAAGAUGUUGUAUUCAAAGGGUGAGAUUGCGAAGGAUGGCCAAGACGGAUCACUUACAUCAAGAUGGAACUUUGCACAGAGACCACACUCAAAUAGUCCAGUCAUGAGCAGGGUUCAAGGUUCCGAUGCCUAUUCAAGUACUAAAACCGAGGAAUCUGGAGGCGCACCUUCCUCUGCAUUAGCGAAGCUGACUACCCGACUCAACUUUUUGAAAGAAAGAAGGGCCUUGCUUGCCAGUGAGAUGCAAAACUUAGAUCUGGGCCGCUCCCAGGCCCAGAGGCAUACAGCUCCUCCGAAAGCUGAGACUCCAACUGAGAAGUAGAAUCGUUUUACUGCAUCGUUGUUAGGCCACAAGCUCAGGUAGGAUUGCAGGCAGUAACAGAAAACUUCGAUUCGACAAUGCACAGAGACUAUCUAGCUAUAGAGUAACUUGAUUUGUACAUCGCACAGGCAUUCAUGUCUUCACCCUGAUGAUUCAUAUGUCAAGUUUUUUAGCGACACCGACGAACAACCUGGUUUGUACUAUUUUAUCUCCAAAUAAACAAUACUCCUACUCUGGGACAAAGCCAAAGUGCGUUUGCAAAUUAUUUGUCGGUCUGUCUGGUA